AUGAGUUUGACUUUAACUUUAUAAAAAUAUAUAGGAGGGUAGGAAUUGGAAUAUUUCGAAAAUGUAGUUAGAGAGUCAACGAAAGGAAGAAACGAUAUCACUAAAAUGAUUGAUUCCUUGUAGAAUCGCGUGAAUGCUGAAUAUGAGUACUCAAAGAAUUUGGAAGAUGGGAUAUCUGAAUUAUUGGUCAAUAGGAAUUCAGCCGAUUCUGCAGUCAAUUUAGAAAAAAUAAUAGCUCUGUAUUGUAAUGAAAUAAGGCAAAAGAUUAAAGAGUCGAGGGCCUAUGCGUAAUUUAUCAAAGAUUAUAUCAUCAAUUAAUUGAAUUUAUUAGUGAAAGAUUAAAACAUAAAGGUAAGAAGUUUGAUCUCCGACGGUCGAAAGCUGUCUGCCCAAUUAAAACAAGAGAAGACCGACGUUGAAAAGCUGAUAAGCUAAUUAAACUAAAAAAACAAUGAUUAUUUUCAGCAUUAAAUAUAGAAGUUUUCUCAAGAGAAUCUGAGCCAGUUGUAGCCGUAGAAGAAAAACGAAAAUACAUUAAAAUCGGAUAAGCUGUUUAGAAAUCUCAAAGAGCUCAGAGAAAAACUAAACAGCUAACAAUCCUCAUAUGAACAGUUCUUACAGGGAUAUGAACUGAGAAUUUCCAAGAUAAUUGAGGAGUUCUAAACAUAAGAUGAGGAUAGAGUAAACUAAUUGAAGACUGUAACCAAUUUACUCUUUUAGAAUGAUAGAAUAUUUGAAAAUUUGAACCAGAUUUAGGGUGAAUAUAGUCUUUAUCGUUUCAAGGAAUAAUAUUUAAAAUCCUUACUGAUUAAGUUCAAAGAAUAGAAGAGCUUUGUUUAAAGUUCAGUUCUUAAGAUUGAAGAUAAUUGGGUAGAUCGUAUUACUCAUUUUAUAAAUACAAAAUGUUAAAAUGUUUAGUACAAUCGGUAAUUGAUCACACUGAAUAUGGACAUUCUGAAGAAUGACUAUGAGAAAAUUAAUUAUUUGGUUUAAUCAUAGAAUUAGGAUUUGGUUACAAAUAUAUCAUUAUGUUAAGAGAGAAUCCAUAAUUAGAUGUAAGAAUUAUGGUCAUCUCAAUAAGUGAAUUUAAAAUCUCUAAUAAACUUACUAAGUAAUAACUUGAUUGGCAGAUAGAUUUGGGUUUAUGAGUUUUAAUAAUUCAGACUGGAUAAAAAAUUUGAAAUCUGCUAAAUUUCAUAUUAGAAUAUAGUGGAUUUGUUGAAUCAAUUAUUGGAUUUGUGUAUGGAAGAGUUGGAUGCAUUUACAGUGAGGAAAUUGAUGUUGAUGACUUUUACGUUUUAUAGGAUUGAGAAGGCGGAGAAGAUAUUUUUGUAUGAUGGAAUUCAACAUCACUCAAUUUUUGAUAAGAUUGAUUUGUGGGAUGCCAUAUUUUUUGAAAGUCUACACGAUGAGAUGAAAAAGCAAUAAGAUAUGAGAAUGAAUGAGAAUAUCAAUGAUUCUAUAGAGAGAGAGAAAAAUACCAUUUUUGGAUUCUUGGGUUCAUUAAUAGAAAAUAUGUUAAGUUUUAGUCCAUCAAAGUAGAAUGUAAGAAUUUUAACAUCAAAGUAUUGUAAAUUGUAUAUGCUGAAUGAUGUUUAAAUCAAAUAGCUUUUAAAUAUCAUUGACAACUCUAAGUAAUAAUAAAAUUGAGUUGAUUCUUUAAUUAUACAUCUAAUGAGAAAAUUAAAUAAAAUA